UAAGAAAGGAUCUAAAAAAGGGAAUGUAAAUAACUCUGAUACUGAAGACGAAAUUUCUAUUAAUCAUAAACAAAGUGCAAAAAAAAAGCCUAGAAAAAGCAUUGUAGUUAAUUCUGAUACUGAAAAUGACAAUAAGAAGAAUGAGUUAACUUUAAGAAUUAGUGAACUUAAAUAUAAAGAAUAG